CUUCAGCUGAGCUCCUCACGCUCUCGCUGGUUACUCCAAGGCACAAGCGGGACAAGAACUCGCCACCAACUAUAUCCACUGAUAGUUCCACUUUCCUGCAGUGGCUGGUAGACUAUUCUACUCUAUUGUUUGGGAGUCGGUCGGGGCUUCACCCACACGCAUGCCGAUGACUCACAGCAUCCUGCGUACAGAGCGCAUGUUUGGUGAGUCUGGUGGUGAAUGCAGUUUCACAAGGCCAGCAGGACAGCGGUUUGCGGGUCGCAGGCGCUGGAGCCGAUCCCAGCUGACAUUGGGCGAAGGCGGAGUUCACCCUGGACACGUCGCCGGUCCAUCUCAGGGCACAUGUAGAGACAUGUCUUUGGACUGUGGGAGGAAGCCGGAGAACCCGGAGGGAACCCACGCUGACACGGGGAGAACCUGCAAACUCCACACAGAAGGACCAACCAGACCGGCAUCCGAACCCGGGGCCCUCUUGCUGUGAGAACAUGACUUGAAGAUGAGCAGUGCUCAGGCUGAGAUCGAGGAGAAGGACUGUCCUCCACCAGAGGAACUGGAGUGUAAAAUCUGUUAUCAACGCUACAAUGCCCACAACCGCAAGCCUAAGAUCCUGGACUGCCUGCACCGGGUUUGCGGCCGCUGCCUCGUUAAGAUCUUGGACAUCGCCGACGGGACGGGCUUCAUCUCUUGCCCCUUCUGCCGACACCAGACCGAGGUCACAGAGUACGAGGUGUCGGCCCUCCCCGAUGAUGCUAUCAUCAUGUCCCACUUGGCAAUGCGGGACAAAUCCUGGAGCUCCGACCACAACAGGGAAGUGCUCCUGACUCCAACGAGCUUCUCCUCCUCCAGCCCGUCUCACGACUCCUCCAACUGCCUGGUCAUCACUAUAAUGGAAGUGCAGGGGGGCUCACAGCACUCCCCGGGCCGAAGCGGCAGCUCCGACGUCUACGCCGAGCAGAGCCUGGACUCGGUGUCAAUGGGCUCCAAUGGGCCGGUUGACCGGGACGCCCUGUCCAAGUUCUGUAAUCAUGUCCCGCGCAUCCUGGUCUGGCUGCUGGGUUUCUUGUACUUUGGCUCACUGCCUCUAGGAAUUUACUUGUUGGUGAUCCAGAGAGUGACACUGGGCAUUGUGUGUGUUAGCUUGGUGCCAUCCAGCCUGACAGUUUGCCUGGUCUACGGGUUCUGCCAGUGCCUGUGCCAGGGCAUGUGUGACUGUUCCACCAGGGGCUGAUUGGAUGGGACCGGAUAAAGUCAGCUGCAGUAAACAGGUAUUUGAUGUGUUUUUAGUACCCAAAGGGAAGAUGAUGCACCAGUACUAAUUGGCCAGUACCGAGACCUCAGACCGCCUUCAGUUUUGGUCCGUUGUGACUCAGAACCCCGUUUAGCCAACAGGAACAGAGCCCACGGCAAGAUGUAACCCAUAAUCGUUCUGUGCUGUGUAUGAAUUUGUUCGACAUAACAAUUGAGAGCAGACCUUUCAUUUCUGACUGACAUAAUGACAGCACUGAUUUUCCUUGGCUGAUUAACAAAUGCAUUCCAGUAUUACUGGAUAAUUGUGAGUUCCCAAGGACAAAAAGGGAGGGAAAUCAAAGUUUGGACACCAGUUAAAAUCAAAGGUACCUCUUAGACACUGCAUUACAUUGGUUUUGUCAGUGUUCUUUAGGUCCAUAAGCCAGCAUUCAUGGCACUACAUGUUGCCAAAUAUUUCGCCUCGACGUUCAUCAUCUGCCAUCAUCUCAGAAAACAAUGGAUAUAGGAAAUGCAUCGGUUCACUGACAUCUAUGGGCUGAAGCGAUUGACGUACUGUCAGUCUGUCUUAAAUCCUGGUUGAAACAUGACUCUUCAUGAAGAAUGUAGUUGACAGGUCAUGAAUGAGCAACUGCGAAAAUAGCACUUUUCUAAUUUCAGUGUACUGCUAACUAAUGCACGGAAUAUUACAGGAAAAGGCUGAAUGCAUGUUAGUAUGCAAUGCACAUCUUAGUGAAGACUAAACACAAAUACAAAUUACCAAUUCAACUGGGAAUUGGCCGUAGUAUUUUAUGUCUUACCUAUUUUACAGUCACAGAAGUGGCUUUGGUCAUACAUGUGAUGAGAUCGUCAGCAAUUCUUUUUGAAUGCGCCCUGCUCCUCUUCCUCUCUCUAUCUAUCAUUGCGUUGAAUGGAUUUAGCACAUGUGAGGCAUACACCAGUAUCAUAUCUCAGGUUUUUGAUAGUCUUUGAAUGUUAAGUGACAACUUUCCCAUUCAGUUCCUUGUCGGGUUGAAAAUUGCACAGGCAGCUCCGUCAGAUUGUGUGGGUGCUGGUUGCAAAAAACUACAAAAGGUGGAGUUUAUGGCUAUGGGAGUCCUUGACGCUGUAAGUCAUAUCCUGCCAUACUUAAGCCAUGUGGAUUUGUUGUUGUGUGGCACCUCAAGGUUGUGUGCAUUAUUUAUGUAGCAUCUUGGUUUUCUUUUGCAUGUAAGGCAAACGCUCACCUACGUGUCCCCAUCCCGCCAAAUGGAUUUCAGGAAGAAAGGGAACAAUAAACUACGAUGCUGUUUUAACAAUUAUCAUCAUGUAUAACUAGUUUUACAUUUUAUUUCACAUGUAUGGAGAGAGAACAUUUUUAUUUUUGAUUAAAGCUUCUGUGGAUACUAACAAGUAGUUUUCCUUAGAGCUCUGUAACCAAAACAUACAUUUCAGUGUGUUAGAUUCUCCUGAGACGUCUUGAGCUGCUGCAGUCGUGCCCAGCAAGGGGUGACAUUUCCAGCACCACUUAAAAAAAGAAAAAGGUUAAGACAAUAAAUUGAGUGUUUCAUUAUGUAAGUGGAACGUUGUGUUCCUGACCAUGGUGUGUUAGAAUGUGAUGGUUUUAGGAAUUCACACUACUUUUGGUUGCCAACUUUCUUGUAUUCAUUCUCCAUUGUACUCAUAGGAGUCCACCUUUUCUGUGCAAUGUUGACACUUGAGGGCCCUGGGCUGUAAACAUGUUGAUAGAAAUAAACACACUUCAGGUAAUUAUAUUCCUCAUAAAAAUGGAUAUGGAAAAUGUUGGGGGGAAAUUGUUAAUUUUGUGCUAAACCCUUCCUCUACAGUAUAAUGUCCAGUUAGUCCUGUUCAUUCUCUGAUGAGGGGUACAUUUUCUCUGCUUACCUUUCCUUUGUCAACUUCUUCCUCUCACUGUUCUUCUCGCUGUCGCUGUUGCCACUCCCUCCAUGUGUUCCUUUGUUUCUUCUAUGAUCUACAGACUGCAGCGCUCAGCUUAGUGCCACACUUCUGAUUACAGAAGCUACUAGACAAUGAAAUAAAUGGAGAAUUAUUUUCUA